CGAGCAUGGGGGUCAACGUCAACCGGGUACCCUUCACUCCUUUCCAUACAUAACACCCCAUCCCAGACCUGUCACCUUCCACGUAUAUUCUGGUGAGGAUUGUCCUUUAAACUCUCGUCUAAAUUGUCGCCCUAGCCUGGUACUACUUUCCACCUCCCACUCCUGCCUUCUGCCUCACCGUAUCGGUUGUUGGCCAUGAGCGGGGUAAAACAGGCCGCCUAUCCUCGCACUCACGCGUCUUUUCACUGUGAUGACGGUCCAUCGACUUCUGAGCACCCUGGCCCAAACAGGUUCAGUUUGACUUGGGCAGUAGAGCCGCCGCUGUCUUUCCACGGGCCCGUGGUAUACGCGCUCGAGCGAUCUGGCACUGGUAGCUCAACAUCGGAUGGGGAGUCGGAUCAUUCAGAAAAAGACCACCACUCUUCGCUUAGCGGGCGGUACUCUCAGGAUGAGGCCUCUUCGGAUUCCGAUGGUGUCGCGAGCUAUCGCUUUAAAGCGCAGCAACAGCACUCGCCUGAUGGAACUCCUCAUGCCCACAAUUUAUCGCGCCCGUUCUCGGCGCCGUCACCAUCCCAACUAGAGCACCUGCAAAACCCGCGCAGACAAUACCAUGGUCUGAUCUCUCCAGUGUCCGACGAAACGUUGUCGUUGUCGCCUCGUUGCGAUUCGCAGCCAGAUAUCGCACACCUUCAUGAACUCUCUCUAGAACUUGCGGACUCCGUUCAAAUGGUCGUGCAGACGCUCUUACAGAUAUGUCCUGUCCAAAUUUUGGACCCGGCCAAGGAGCAGUACGCAGCAUGUUCGUUGCUGGUGCCCACAACCUGCAUGUCUGCUAUGCUGACGACCAUGAAGAACCUUAACUUCGUCUCUGCGAAUAUGUCUGAGUUAUUUGUAAAUUCCGGACUGUCCCAACAGAUGGAACAUGAACUUUCCACGCCUAGCGCGCCGAUCGCCGUUUCAGACUUUGAUAUCGCCGAAACCCUGCAAGGUGUUGGCGAUGCCCUCAGCGGGUGCGCAGCAGAAGUAGGUGCGGACCUGGUCCUCUUUCAUGGAGAUGUGGGUUUGAGACAUGUUGUCGUCCGAGGGGAAGAGUUUGCUUUGUCUACUACCUUGACACACGUUAUCCGACAAGUGAUCAGCACUGCGCGCCCAGGAGAUUCGGUUGAUGUCGGCCUAUCUAUCAAAUCUCCAUCAGAUAGUGACUCUCCCGAAUCCCCUACAACCGAGGGAACAACGGGGAAGAGGGAUGAUGGCUCGCUUCCCUGGUCUGCGAGCGACGGACACGUUUUCUGUGUCUUUGAAAUAACGCACAAUUUCGGGGAUUCUGAUAUGGACGAUGACAUGGCCACUACGCCAACGAAUCCCGAUCCGAGCCCUCUUCGGUCCAGACAAAACUUUACAAGUCCGCUAGCUCAGCGGUUAUUUUUACGCUCCAAGGCAUCUUUCACUUGCGACUUGCCCAGACGAAGCAAUCUCCCAGGGCGUGUCUGUGAAAUUGCUUUCCGUUUGGAGCGAGGGUCCCUGAGCGCCAUUAAUGCCAGACCAGCCCCUGUGUCAGGUAGUGCAUCACCCCUCUUAUCCGGAACCCGCACUGCCAAGGAACCGACCCUGGAAGAAUUGACGCAGUUCUCGGAAUCACUGCGUGGAAAGAAAGCGACCCUGUAUGCGUGCGGCAGCAGCUCCUUUGCCCAUCACUUAACGAGUUACCUCACUGCUUGGGGAUUGGAUGUCAGCCACGUGUCGCCUGAGCAGGAAGGCGAACCCUUUGGCGCCGGGGAAGCUGCGGCCCCCGUUUCCCCUGAAAGUGCCCAGGCCCCAUUGAACAACACCUCUUACGCCAAACCAAAGAAUCGGCAGUGGAACACGUCCGAGUCUCACAAUCCGCAUGAGAACGCCGGCGCACCAAAUGGCGGUGCCCGCAGUCCCUCGGUGUCAUUUAUUUUUAUUGAUGACAAUGUCUCUGUUUUGCGCGAGCAGAUACAGAAAUAUCGCGCGGAGCAGCACAGCUCGUCGUCUUCAGCGUUCUCUCGCAAGCGACCGUCAUUCAACCAUCGACCUAAAUCCACCCCUCAAGUAGCCAGAGCAAUGGGUUACGGGCCGUCGUCAACCCCUCCAUCCGGUGUCGCAAAUAUUGUCGUCCAUUUCACCAGUCUCACGAAUUACAAAGUAGUCAGGGACAUCGUGCAAUGCGACCUGGCCGCCAAUGCAUUUCAGCCUCCACUGGAGGUUAUGAUUAUCCCCAAGCCAGCCGGUCCUCGCAGGUUCCUUACGGCACUUCAUACGGCCUUGACCAAACCGCACGUUGACCCUUCCUUCACUCCUAUUGCCACAUCCCCAGUAAGCCCUGCGAUACACGGGUCUCCAUUCUUCAGCCAAGUACCACCAACUUGUCCCAAGUCGCCGUUGACGCGGCCCUGGAGUUCUGCUCGUUCGGCAUCUGACAGGUCAGUGGUGAAGUCGCCACGGGAUGGCACUACCCACGUUUUGCAUCCACCGUCGCCACUUUCCAUCGCAGAUACCGCAGAAUACUUCCCUGAUGGAUCGGCUCCGGCCAGUGGGCUCAUGAUCUCGAGUCCGGACGGCCAACCUGCCGGUAUCGUAUUCAACCCUCGUGCAAAAGUCGUACGACAACCAUCAGCUAGUUCUCUAAGUGACAGGGCAAACAAGAUACAAUUCCUUUCACCGAAGCAGGAGAGGUUGCGCUCAAAGAGUCCACCGCACUUUUCUCUUCCUUUCGCGACGGUACAUCCUUCUGGUCUUUCCCGACAGGAUACGCAGAGUCCUACUGAAACCCCGACAUCGACGCAUUUGAACGAAAGCAGGAAGGUUAGGAAGUCUUCUGUCCUUGCCGAUGACGAGCCACCGGCGCAGUCUGCUGCUGCCCCGCUGCCUCGGAGGUCGAACACUGCAGAAUCAAGGAAGACACCAUCGCAGCCGGGGUCGCCAAGCGGUGUGGAAUCUCCGACCAGUUGGUUUGCAAGGAGGAAGGCAAAGCGUGCUGCAUUAAGCCAAAAGAUGGCCAUGCAAGGGUCUGCUUCGAACAAAACCGGCAAGGGCGCUUCGGAAACCAUGAUUGUCCCGCCAAUCAGUGUGCUCAUCGUUGACGAUAACCCCAUCAAUCGCACUAUUCUUUCCACGUUCAUGAAGAAAAAGAAGGUGAAAUAUGAUGUUGCAAAAAAUGGAGCAGAAGCGGUGGAGAAGUGGCGGGAUGGCAAUUUCCAACUUAUUCUCAUGGAUAUACAAAUGCCGGUCAUGGAUGGUAUCGAAGCGACAAAGGAGAUACGAGACCUCGAAAGCCAAAAGGCUGCCUGUGUACCAGUGACUCCCCAGUCCGACGGCGGUCCACGUACGCCCCCCGACGACUUUCGUGCAUCCUCUUACCACCACUCGGUGAUUAUCGUUGCACUGACGGCAUCUUCUCUCGAGAGCGAUCGAGUUGCGGCACUUGCUGCUGGGUGCAACGAUUUCUUGACAAAACCCGUGUCUCUUCAGUGGCUCAACAACAAGAUCAUCGAAUGGGGCGCAAUCAAGACCUUACAGAUGUGGGCAGAUAUGCCUUCUGAUGAAGAAAAGACACUUUCUUCUGAACAGUCCGUGCAAGCCCAAGUCGUCGCGCGGCGGUUGCAUGUGCCAGAUGGCCGGGUCACGCCGGUGGGCGAUGGUGCUAGCCGAUCCUCGCCCAAGGGUCGGGUUGAAGGCUCAUCUGAGGCAAUACCCACCACCACAUCCUCCACAAUCGCGCCCGCGCCCGCGGAGAAAGCUGCUGAUGGCCAAGACGAUCCUGCAGGCACGAUGCCACCCUGCGACACUGGUGGGAAUGGAGAAUGGCAGGAUAGGGAACCAGCUACAGUCGCCAAAACCUCACCUUGUUCAGGUGCACAUACAUGAACUCGAGCAACGUUGACAGGCUAACACAGGUUGCAGACGAUAUGGGGAAACCGGCAAUGAUUACCGAAAAGGAAGUAGCUUCCAGCGCAUUACCCUCUCCCCCAGGUGAGCCUUAUCGAUUGAGAUGUCAUGAGCAUGGGCAAAGACUCUUUAAAAGAAAGCGAACCUUCGAGUACGA